UUUCCCUGUAGCGGGCGCAGGACGCAGGAGCAGAAAAAUGCCACGCCGCGAUUUCUGAAGGGAACAACGAGGAAACUGGGUGCUCCCUAUGGCAGAAGAGCUGUACGCUGACGGGCCUCAGCUGAAAAUGGAGGCUGAAGAGCUGGAUGAUACAGUGGAUGCAAGGCCAGACAGAAGUGAGAGAUUUUUCAUCUUUGGAAACCCUGGUGGUAUUUCUUGUGAGCUCAGUGAAGUGAAGCGGGAUUCAGUAGCAGGCAGAAAAAAGAAUGGAACAGAGCAGCAGUCAAAGACCUCUCCCAGCAGCCAGUACCGACUCGUUGCACCAACCUUCCAGUAUAACAUGGAUUACAAGAAAGUUGGCAAAUGUAUUAUUAUAAACAACAAAAAUUUUGAGGAUAAAACAGGAAUGGGUACACGAAAUGGUACCGAUAAAGACGCUGUAGAGCUGCAGAAAUCUUUCAGACGUUUAGGGUUUGACGUUUCAGUAUACAACGAUCGAACCUGUGAUGAGAUGGAAAAAUUACUCAGACAAGCUGCUGAGGAGAAUCACAGUGAUGCUGCUUGCUUUGCCUGCAUCUUUCUAAGUCAUGGGGAAGAGGGCCUCAUCUACGGCAUCGAUAAACCUAUGGCAAUCAAGAAUCUGACCAUGCUCUUCAGAGGAGACAAGUGUAAAAGUCUCGUUGGCAAACCCAAAUUAUUUUUCAUUCAGGCAUGCCGAGGUUCUGAAUUUGAUGAAGGGAUACAAACAGACUCUGGCCCAGCAAAUGAUGCUCUGGAAACAGAUGCUAAUCCUAGAUACAAGAUUCCAGUCGAAGCAGAUUUCUUGUAUGCCUAUUCCACAGUUCCAGGUUAUUAUUCCUGGAGGAACCCAGGGAGAGGCUCCUGGUUCGUUCAGUCUUUGUGCGAAAUAUUAAAUGAGCACGGAAAACAGCUUGAGAUCAUGCAGAUCCUCACCAGGGUUAACCACAUGGUAGCCACAAGUUUUGAGUCGCAGUCUGACAACCCGUGCUUCAGCGAGAAGAAGCAGAUACCCUGUUUGGUCUCCAUGCUAACUAAAGAACUUUACUUCUGCAAGCAUGUUCAAGUGGAGUGAUGUCCAGGCACACUUUUCUCGGGGAGAGUUGAUCAUACAAUCAAUUUUCAUUUCAUUUAAUAGCGAAAACAGAUUUGUUUUGGUUUCUUGUGCCCGUGAGAAUCAAUGUAUCUGAUUGCUGAACACUAAUCAAGGCUCUAUCGAAGGAACAAACAACUCCCACCUAGCCCAUGAGCUGACAUAAAUUGCCAUAGCUUCGUUUUCAUAAACGGAGUUGUGGUGGAUUCCCCUAACUGAGGAUCACCGAAGGUUUACCUCUGGUAGCUGUCCAUUAGCCUACUUAAUAUACACUCAAAGGGAUACUGUCAAGCUCUCUACUAUUUGAUUCCUCCUCCCCUUGAAAAAUUUAGAAAAAAAAAUUGUGUCUAAUUUUUGUCUUAAUUCACUGCUGAUUUUUUAAAAUAUUAUUUUACCUUGUGUUUAUGGCUGCAUCACUACGACGUGGAAACUUUUCUAUGACUUCUUCUUUUAUAAGGUAGAAGAGCAGUAAAAUUGUAUGUAAUUCCAGCAACCGGUAUUAGCACCUUGUAGGCAGUCGAGGGAGAGCAAAAAUUGCAUAAGGGUGUGAGUAAGGCAAUUUGUGAUUAUUUAAUUUUCCUGGGGAUAAAAUGUUAGAUUCACAGAUAUCGAUAUUUGGAGUCCAGAGAAUACUUUUCUCUGGCAAAUCCAAAUUUGGGCCUAAACGUGUUGACAGUGCUAGCUAG